UCAAGGAAUGGACAUGACAGGUCAAUUGUCAGCCUGGUGUCACUUCCAGAAACUCAUCAGAUGUUACAGAAAACAUGCCGAGAUUUUGCUGACAAUGAACUUAUUCCGAUCGCCGGUCAGCUGGACAAGAAUCACACUUACCCCAAAGAGCAGGUGAAGAAGCUUGGUGAGCUGGGGCUCAUGUGUGUGGAUGUCCCAGAGGCUGAGGGAGGGACGGGCCUGGACUACCUGGCCUAUGCUAUAGCCAUGGAGGAAAUCAGUCGGGGCUGUGCCUCUACCGGAGUUGUGAUGAGUGUCAAUAAUUCUCUUUACCUAGGUCCAAUUUUGAAUUAUGCUACUAAAGAACAGAAAGCAAAAUAUUUAACCCCUUUCUUGGAUGGAACAAAAGUUGGUUGUUUUGCACUCAGUGAACCAGGUAACGGAAGUGAUGCAGGAGCUGCCUCCACAACGGCCAUGUUGGAUGGCAAAAAAUGGAUCCUGAAUGGGACAAAAAGCUGGAUAACAAAUGGUUACGAAGCAGAGGCAACAGUUGUGUUUGCAACGACAGAUAAGGCUAAGAAACACAAGGGUAUUAGCGCAUUUCUUGUACCCAAACCCACAGAUGGUCUGUCAUUAGGAAAGAAGGAGGACAAACUGGGUAUCAGAGCAUCAUCAACAUGUAAUCUGAUAUUUGAGGACUGUCAAAUUCCACAGGAAAACAUCUUAGGGGAACCAGGAAUGGGUUUCAAAAUUGCCAUGCAAACAUUAGACGCUGGUCGCAUAGGUAUAGCUAGCCAGGCAUUGGGGAUAGCCCAGGCUUCCAUUGACAGUGCUGUUGAAUAUGCUGCCAAGAGAAAUGCAUUUGGAGCACCAAUAACAAAACUACAAGCUAUACAGAUGAAGCUGGCUGACAUGGAAGUCAAAGUUCACAGUGCACGGCUGCUGACCUGGCAGGCUGCUGUUCUCAAGGACAAGGGACUCAGUUUUACAAAGGAAGCUGCCAUGGCCAAGUUAGCUGCCUCAGAAGCUGCCACGUUCUGUGCUCAUCAGUGUAUCCAAAUCUUGGGUGGUAUGGGUUACGUAACAGAGAUGCCAGCUGAGCGCUAUUACAGGGAUGCUAGGAUAACAGAAAUUUAUGAAGGCACCAGUGAGAUUCAACGCCUUGUCAUAGCUGGUAAUCUGCUGAAGGAGUACGGUGUGUGACGAGACAAAGAUCAGCUAAUUUACAUGCUCAACACAGCUGACCAGUCAUAAAUAACAAGUCGAAGGUCAGAUACUAAAACCAGCCAAUCCAAACAACAGAACAAUAGUCAUAAACAGUUAAUCAAUGAAAACUUUAGACUUGCUGCCACAAGCCUAGAAGAUGACCAAUCAGAACAAGGGGUCUGAGGUUGCAACAAUAGUUUGACCAAUCAAGAUAAGAGGGCAAAGAUUUUUUCAGUUGACCAAUCAGAACAGGAGGUCAAAGGUUGUGAACCCAGUUGAGGAAUUAAUUAAGAGGGCACUGGUUACAAAGCUGGUUAAAGUAUUGUGAGAUAUCACUACCAGCUGUGUGGUUAGAUCAGAAUUCAAGUGCAUGUAUCUGCAUACAAUGAUACAAACACAUUUAAUGUCUCAAGAAAUUUAAAAUAAUGUAUAAUACAUUUAAAUAUCCAUUUAUAACCUUGUAAAUAUGAGGCGGUGUGCAGUAUAAUCAGGUAAACCAUGUUGUUAUGUAC